AUGUCUUUUUCCGAGCACUUGGCCCUAUGCCGCGUUGUAGUUGACUGCCGAGUUGCGCGCGAGUCCUUUCCUUCUUCACCCGCCUGCUCUUCGUUCAUCGUGCAGGUUGCCGCAGCCUCUGCCAUUCUUCCGCUCCUCAUCACGCUCUUCUUGCGACCGUUGUCGGUUACCGCUUCCGGUCGCUCUUUGUCGGCUACGACAGUUAAACUUACCUAUAAUAGCUCAACCGGCAGCCCGGUCCAAGCAUCGACUGGCGGCGUGUCGUCAUCCAAGAGCAGCAACGCCGUCGGCUCCCCGCCCAGUGGGACCAUCGCAUCAGUAACAAAUCCCCCUGCAAGCGACCUGAUCGCUUCCAUUAACGGUGGCGCUGUAUCCGUCCUGCCGGCCGGAACCAUCACGCACAUCACCGAUCCGUACACUGGCGGCUUGGCGUCCGGCUGGCGGUCAGCGUCACUUGGCUGCGUUGAUUGCAACUUUACUGACGUCAUUCGGCGCCGUGCCGCCGACAACGCCAGCAUAUAUGCCGAGAUCGCGCCUUGGGCCGCGCUGGUCUUCGAGACCGACGGUGCAUUCUCGGGCAGCAGUGUGCUGGACAUGUGGGUCAAGGGAGCGGGCGUGGCGCGUGUUGCCUUGUACCUGAAGGACACUCGACAGCGUCGUCUGAGCGGUGAAGUCCAGUACUCGAGGCUGGACAGCACCAUUGCCGACCAGCAAGGCGUGGUUGUUCUCGGGUCGGACGACGAGGGCUGGAUUCGGUUCCAGAUCUCGCUGGCGCAGCUGGCGACCAUCCCUGGCACUACCAUUACCCAGAUUGCCGACAUUAGCGGCUGGAACCGCAUUGUCGUGAGGGACGUCAGCGGCAUCGGCUUCAAGCUGCAGCUGAGUUCCGUGCGCCUCGUGUCCCUGGGCUUGUCGGCGUCCGAGUGGAACGGAGUUGACUUGGCGCCGCUGCAGUUGGGCAUGCCAACCCCGGCCAAGCUGCCUGUGCUCAACAUAGAGACCACUCAGAACGACCAAGCAGCCCCUGUGCAGCAGAAGUACAUUAUGAAGCUGAAGUCCACCGCGAACUUAGGCACCCUCAAGUCCAUUUGCCAGGAGUUGGCUGGCGCGAUGCCCCAGGGCGGCUCCCGCUUCCGCGGCGCCUGUGAUUCGUUCACCCUGGGUGCCGUCUUCGACCUGAGUAGCCCCGACGCAGCGCCCCUACCGUGGUCCUUCCAGUCCUUCACAGUCAACUCGCAGGUUGACUUGGAGCGAAUGCGCUCCACGCUGGGCGCGUCCCUCGAGUAUAUGGAGGUCGACCUCCAGGCUUCCCUCGGCGUCGUAACCACGCACUCGAACACCGCUAACGGCACUAGCUCAAAUCCUAGAGGCGGCCCUAAUGCGAGCGCCAGUCCUAAACCGGUUCCGCGGGAGGACUGCGUCUGCGCCGAGGUGUACAAGCCGGUGUGCGGUAGCGAUGGCCAGGACUACAGCAGCGCCUGCCACGCCUGGUGCGCGGGCCUCAACAGCUGGGCGGCCGGCACAUGCAAUGGCACUGGUGUGGAUGAUGCUUCCAAUGGUGGUUUCCGAUCUGCGGAGACUUCCGAGUCUAACCCACGGUCGUGGGGUCUGGACCGCAUCGACCAGUUGAACCUGCCUUUGGAUAACGGUUACCGACCAGGACGCUUGGAUGGUAGUGGGACGCACGUCUUCAUUCUGGACACCGGCGUGCGCACCAGCCACGUUGCCUUCUAUGGCCGUGUCGGCGAGGGUACGUCCUUUGUGGGCAACAGCUACCAAGAUGACAACGGUCAUGGCACCCACGUGGCUGGCACGGCCCUAGGAGCUGUGUACGGUGUUGCCCGCAACGCAAUUCUCCACCCUGUCAAGGUGCUGGACUCUUCGGGCAGCGGCUCGUACUCGAACAUCAUCGCCGGUCUUGGCUGGGUCAAGGAUUACGUGGGCCGCAAUGGUAUCCGCCAGGCGGUGGUAGGCAUGUCCCUGAACGGGCCCCGCGCCGCCAGUCUAAACGACGCUGUGGCCGACCUUACCAACGUAAGCGGGUGCAUGGCCGUUCCUAAUGCAAGCGGGCUUCUGGAUGCAGUUGGGUCGCGUGAUGCUCGGUUACCGUUUCUGUGCCACGUGAGCCCCGCCUCUGCUCCGUCCGCCAUCGCGGUCGGUGCGACCAACAAGGAUGACUCGCUGGCAUCCUUCUCAAACGUGGGCAGCUGCGUCUUCACCUUCGCACCCGGGUCGUACAUCGUGUCGGCCAGUUACUCUGGCGACAACACGGAGGCGACCAUGUCGGGCACAAGCAUGGCAGCCCCGCAUGCUGUUGGUGUGGCGGCCAUGGUUCUGCAAGCUACCUCCGACAGGACGUCUUGCAUCCUCGUCCUCGACGCCGGUGCCAACCGCUCCGGCUACCCCCACACCGACGGUUGCACCGACGCCUACCGCUGCGCCAGCCCCUGCACCGACCGCAACACCCACACCCACACCGACGCCUGGUGGCGUCUUCACAUGGCCGUGGUUUUCUACCCCUACCCCCACGGCGGCGCCCACGCCCACACCCACGCCUACACCCACGGCAACUCCAAAGCCUACCUCCAGUCCAACAGCUGCACCAGCGCCAUCUUCGACGAAUACGCUGUUUUAUAA